AACGAGCAUGAAAGUAACUGUGUGUUUCGACAACGUCAGAGUGGUGGUCCCUUGUGGGGAUGGAACCCUAUUGGUUAAAGAUUUAAUGCAUGAGGCUAUUCUAAGGUAUAAAAAGGCAACCGGAAAAAAUGAUAAUGCAUUAACUGUAAAUAGUUUGUCCUCCUUAACUGGAGGUGGUCUGUUGGAUCCAGAUGAUAGGUUAUGUGAUGUAGCCGAUGACAGAGAGCAGAUUGUUGCUCAUUUUGUGAAUACUGAUGUCACACAUGCUGGUGGUGAUGGAGCAAGUUCAGUUGGAACAAAUAGCCCUGAUUUUUGUCAUCCAGAUAGCAAAGAGCAAGCUUACACAAUUGAUACACAUUCCUCUAUUCCUAUAAGCGGUAUUAAAAGGGAAAGUAGUAAAAGAUUGUCGAUGCAUGCACUGUCAACCAGAGAGCCUUAUUUAACCACAUACUCUGCUCAGUCACUUCCCAGAGAGUCUCGGCGUAGAGAACCACUGGGACAAGAUGCCAAAGUGUCAUUUAACUAUGCAAAUGCUAAUAUAGAACCAGGAGAUCAAGGAGAGAUUCGAGAAAUUGUGAUAAAGAAUGAAGCAGGACCACUGGGGCUUCAUGUGGUGCCAUGUUAUGACUUGUUGGGUAAUGAUCAAGGCCUUAGAGUCGAAGGUAUUGAACCGAAUGGCAGAAUUGCUAAAGAUGGGCAAAUUGACCUGCAUGAUAAGAUCAUUAAAAUAAAUGGUCACAAUCUGUUACAUAUUCCAUUUUCUAAAGUGCAAGAGAUCUUUCGUACCUGUAUGACAGAACCAUGUUUGCAAAUUUCUGUAGUAAAACAUAAGAAACCACAUGAAAAAUCAUUGCAUAAAAAUCAUGGCAAUACUAGUGGAGGAUCAGAAAGAGAAAUUGAUGACAAUGUUAAAAGACUUCAAUGUAGUAAUUAUAAUUUGCUGCAGACAGCUAAUACCCGUAAAAUUGGACGUAUGAUAGAGAUAGAAUUAACAAAAGGUAGCAAUGGCCUUGGAUUUAGUGUCACAACACGUGAUAAUCCUGCAGGAGGUCAUUGUCCUAUAUAUAUUAAGAAUAUAUUACCAAAAGGUGCUGCAGUUGAAGAUGGUAGAUUAAGGCCUGGAGAUAGACUAUUGGAAGUAAAUAAUAAAGAAAUGACUGGUAAAAGUCAAGCAGAAGUGGUUUCACUUCUUAGAAGUAUUUCACCUGGUGGAAAGGUAAGAAUGGUGGUGUCACGCCAAGAAGAAAUUUCCUCCAGUAUUUCAGAUCCUCAUUCUCAUAGUACUUCUCUAAAUCAAGCCUCAGAAGCUAGAGAUAAUUCAAAAUAUUGGAAUACAUUGAAUACGUCGCCUAUAAAAAAGAAUACCGAAAUGCAAGACAAACUUAAUACCCAUAGUUAUGAUAAGUGCACUUUUAAAUCAGUGAAGUCUCCAUCAGAAGAUAUUGUCUUAUCACCGCGUAAAAAUCGUAUGAUAUUAACUUUAGACAUACCAGUACAUGAUUCAGAGAAAGCAGGAUUAGGUGUUAGUGUUAAGGGAAAGACUACUAACACAGAUGAAAACACUAACAUGGAUCUAGGAAUUUUUAUUAAAAGUGUUAUUCAUGGAGGUGCAGCCUCCAGAGAUGGAAGAUUGAGGACCAAUGAUCAAUUGCUCAAUAUUAAUGGAGUAUCAUUAUUAGGAUUAUCAAACUCAGAUGCAAUGGAGACAUUGAGAAGAGCAAUGCUCAAUACAAACAGUCCUGUAACUGGGGUGAUCACUCUGACAAUAGCCAGGAGGAUAUCUUCCUACGAUAAAAACUUAUCAGAAAAUCUGUCCUCUCAGUGUAAAUUGGAAUCAGCUAACAGUAUAUAUAUUUCUGAUACCACGAAAGCCAGUGAGGGCAGAGUAAAGGAAAAGAAUAGCUUGAACUCUCAGACGGAUAUUUUAGAUAAUGGCGGAUUACUGUCUUGUGUGACCGCCUCUCCAUGGAAUCCAGUUAUCGAUAGAUUAACCGAGCAGUAUAAUAAGAAUAGUUUAAGGAAUGAAAGUUAUUGCAUUGCUACUAAUAAAACGUGGAUAGAACCUGUGAGCAAUGUGAAGAAGAUAACGAUAGGACAGCGCGAUGAUCGUGCGGAACCAGUAUUGCUAGAAGACUCCAAUGAUCCACAGUGCAAUGAAGCUAAACGAAACGCAGACGAUAAAGAUAGUCAGUAUUCCGGAGAUCCGACUUACGAUAGUCAAUUGUCCUUGGAGGAAUUUAGUUCCAAUAAGUUUUCCCGCGAUGGUUUAGGUAGACAGAGUAUGUCAGAGAAACGACAUGCUGCUUUAGAUGCCAAGAACACAGAUACUUAUAAGCGAAAUAAAAAAUUACGGGAAGGACGUGAGAACAAGAAUCAAGAACAAGCGAAUCAGAAACAUUCGAGUCAGUCGUUCGAUUCGGAAGAUCCAACCAAAAGGGCAUAUAAAUCGGACACUUACGACAAGAAUAAAAAUAAGAGCACUGUCGAGGGCAGUACGGCAACUGAAAGCAGUAUGAAACGAUACGAGAAGUCCGUGGAUCCUGCUCAAUCGGAAUAUGUAUACACUAUACAUGGUUGUAAUAAUAAGUAUACUUCACCGAGGAAGCACUGGCUUGUCGAUGAUGUACAUGGCGAGAUAACAAGUAGCAAUAAUUUUAAAGACGGUCGCGAGGGUUUUCCAAAUAGUCGGGGGGACGUGAAACAAGCGUCUCUCAAUUCUGCUUUAGAUGAUCGAUACAAACGUUCGCGAAAGAAAGGUGGCAUACGUUCGAUGCUUCGAUUAGGGAAGAAUAGAAAAUCGCUCAAUUUCGGUGAUAGUAUAGAAGCUCAUCACGAAUCCACGCUUCAGUUAACUCCAAAUCAAUUACUGUACCAACAGAAGCGUUACCGGGGCAAGAUAAACAUUAAAAAGCCAAAAAUAUAUUUUAAGAAGAGGGUACUAAACAAAUUGCUAACUCCGUUCUUUAUCAAUCCCAACGAGGAUAAAUCUCUGGAGCAAUUUUGUAUAGAGUCAGAGGAGAAAAAGAUCGAGAGACAGCUGGGGCCAUACGAUCAAAUCAUAGCGAGGGAAGUUCGUAAUUGGUUUGAUAACUCUAAAAUGGUUGUUUGCUUGCACGUGAACAGUGUAAAACAGUUGGAUGUAUUCGAUAUUAAAGUUGCAUUAUUCAAAGAAAAUAUGCAUUACAAGCGUUAUGGGGUUCAUAUUAUAAACGACGUUAUUAAAAAUUCACCUUACGAGGCUCUUGCCCCGUUAGUUAGCGAGUACACUUCGUUUGUGUUUAGUCCUGUAAUAAAUACGAUUAUGUUAGAAAAGAUUAUCAAGAAAAGUAAGAAAAUGUUCGUAAUAGGGGGAGUGUUGGAAGGACAGGUCUUGAACUGCGGUGAUUUUCUGAAAUACGGGCAAAUGGAUAUGGUGUCGGUACAGUUGGGUUUGGUUCAAGUAUUGCAGAAUGCAGGAGGCCUUAACCUGAAUCGACAACUCACGCAUCAUCAGACAAUGUUGGUGUCACGGUUGAAACAGAUCGGUACAAAUGAAACAACUUCUGACGAUAAGAAA